GCCACGUCUAUGAUGAUACCAAUUUGUAACCCGCUUGCCGGUUGUUAAAAGUGCUACUCGAUAGUGAACUAAAAGAAAUUUUUACGCAAAAAGUAUGAUUAAUCGUAAUAUAAUUGUAUUACUAUGUAAUGUUGUGUUACUUGUCGGAGUAUAUGUCCAAUCAUUUGCUGCCGCCAACAUUAUCGAUCCUGACUUAAAUUUUAAAAAUGUGGAGAAACAUAUCGAUUUACAAUCUCAGUUAACAAAAAUUACAACUAGACUUAUAUUAGAAAAUGGAAGUAAAGAUCGGCACAUAGGUAAUUUCCUUUUUUCACUGGAACCUGAACAAAAAAAUAGUCUUAGCUACAUAGCAGCUUAUAGAGAACCUGUACGAGUUGAAUUAAAAUUAACUGAGGUGAAAGUAAAUGUUUAUCCAGAUGAAACUUUUUAUGAAAUUGAAUUAAAAGACCCACUAUCUCCUGGGAGAACUAUGUCUGUUGAAAUUGAAUGGAUAUUAACUCAUGAGCUCAUACCUCAUCCCAAGGAAAUUACGCAGAAAGAAAAGCAAUUAGUGAAAUAUAUAGGUAACAUUUAUCUUUACGCACCAUACACUAUAACAAAACAAACAACCACUGUAUCUUUACCAUCACGUAAUAUUGAAACCUAUACAAAAUUUAAACCUGUUUCACAAAGUGAUUCAUUUAUCACGUAUGGUCCAUAUGAAAAACUUCCUCCGUUUUCUUAUGAAGAAUUAAAUAUACACUUUGAAAACAAUAAUAAAUUUCUCACUGUCACCAGACUUGAAAGGAAUAUUGAAAUAUCACAUUGGGGUAACAUAGCAGUAGAAGAACAUAUUGAUUUAUUACACACUGGAGCAUUAUUAAAAGGCUCAUUUUCACGCUAUGAGUUUGCUAGAGAACCAAAAUCAUGGGAAGCAAGCAUUCAAAGCUUUGAUACCAUUUUACCUGCAGCUGCUUCUGAUAUUUAUUACAGAGAUGAAAUUGGUAAUAUUUCGACGUCACAUACUCGUAUCAAGAAAGAUUCAGUAGAAUUAAAUCUUCGUCCAAGGUUCCCACUGUUUGGUGGUUGGAAAACGAAAUAUAUAGUUGGAUAUAAUGUACCUAGCUAUGAGUAUUUGUUUCAUUCUGGAGAUUUAUAUACUCUAGAAAUGAGAUUAUUGGAUCACGUUUUCGAUGAUAUGGUUGUAGAUGAAUUAAUCGUAAAGAUUAUUUUACCAGAAGGAUCUAAAAAUAUUGAACUAAGCCUUCCAUAUUCUGCAACACGCUUGCCAGAUUCCCUUCAUUACACAUACUUGGAUACUACUGGUCGUCCUGUAAUUUCUGUCACUAAAAAGAAUUUAAUUGAAAAUCAUAUCCAGAAUUUUAAGCUAAAGUACACAUUCCCACGCAUAUUAAUGUUACAAGAACCAUUGCUUGUAGCUGCAGCUUUAUAUUUACUGUUUUUGUUAGUAAUUACUUAUGUAAGACUUGAUUUUUCAAUUGAUAAAGAUGAAGUUUCAGAAAGUAAAUUAAGAAUUGCUGGGCAGUGUGAAAAGAUUUUAGCUGCACAAGACCGUAGAGUAACUUCUUACAAUGAGCUAGAUGAUCAGUUAGCAUACCUUAAAGCAAAUAAAGAUGCCAAUACAUUCUUAUCUGUGGUAAAAGGCAUUAAUCAAGAGUAUAAGAGUACAACCAGUUCUAUUGCUGAAAUUGCACAACGUUUAAAAGGAGAAUCAGGAGAUGUAUAUGAUCGUAUUCAAGAAUUACAGAAAUAUGACAGAACUUUAAAAGAACUUUAUAAUCAACAACAAGCAUUGUAUGUAGAUAAACUAGUACCAGGCAAGAUAGGACGUCAACAAUUUGUAGAAGCAGAAGCAGCUAUUACAAAAAAGAAAGAAGAAUGUGUUGAGAAAAUAAAUUCUAUCAUAAAGUCAUUACAAUAAUAAAAUUUUCUGAUAAAAAAAUAUUUGAGAACAAGAGACUCAAUAAUAAUA